AUGGCGGCGGAGGGGCCCGAGGAGGGAACCGGGGGCACCGACGGGACCGGGGGGGCGAUGGACGGGGACGGGGACGGCGGUGAGACCCCGGGAAGGGGCGGGGGAGAGGUACCGGGGGGGUGCCCGAGGGGCUGGGGAUCCCGAUCCCGAUCCCGGUGCCGCCCCCCCCCCCCCCAGGCCCUGAACGGGGCCCCUCCCCCCCCGUUCCCCCCCGAGUUCCAGCGGCUCUGGGGGGCGGCCCAGGGCAGCCCCCACGACUUCGGCGCCUGGACCGAGCUGCUGGCCUACGUGGAGCAGGAGGAGCUGCUGGAGGCCGCCCGGCGCGCGUUCGACGCGUUCUUCCAGCGCUUCCCCUACUGCUUCGGUUACUGGCGCAAGUACGCCGAGCUGGAGCGGCGCCUGGGCAGCGCCCGCCGCGCCCAGCAGGUGCUGGAGCGGGGGCUGCAGUCCAUCCCGCUGAGCCUGGAGCUGUGGCUGCACUACAUCGGCCUCCUGCAGAGCUCGCUGGACCCCGCGCGGCCCGAGAGCGCCCAGCGCGUGCGGGGCGCGUUCGAGGCGGCGCUGGCGGCGGCCGGGAUGGAUUUCCGCUCGGACAAGCUCUGGGAAUCCUACGUGGAGUGGGAGCGGGAGCGCGGCGACCUCCGCGCCGUCACGGCCAUCUACGACCGCCUGCUGUCCAUGCCCACGCAGCUCUACAGCCACCACUGGGAGAGGUUCAAGGAGCACGUGCUGCAGCACCCCCCCGGUGCCAUCCUGUCCCCCGAGGAGCUGCUCUGGCUCCGCUCCAAGCUCGGCUCCGGCUCCGAGCCCGCCCCGAAGCCCCCGGAGGGGCCCGAGGCGCCCCCGGGGGAGGAGGCGCCCCCCGGGGCCCCGCCCGAGGCUCAGGAGGAGCCGGACCAGGAGAAGAUCCGGGAGCUCGUGAUCUCCAUGAGGCAGCAAAUCCACGCCCAGAACGAGGCCGAAGUCAGCAAGCGCUGGAACUUCGAGGACGGGAUCAAGCGGCCCUAUUUCCACGUGAAGCCUCUGGAGCGGGCGCAGCUGCGGAACUGGCGCGAGUACCUGGACUUCGAGGUGGCCGCGGGCUCCCAGGAGCGCAGCAUCGUCCUCUUCGAGCGCUGCCUCAUCGCCUGCGCCCUCUACGAGGAGUUCUGGGUCAAGUACACGCGGUACCUGGAGUCCCGCACGGUGCCGGGCGCCCGCAGCGUUUUCCAGCGCGCCUGCGGCUUCCACCUGCCCCGCAAGCCCAACAUCCACCUGCUCUGGGCCGCCUUCGAGGAGAAGCAAGGCAACGUUGACGAGGCCCGGCGCAUCCUGCGCAGCUUCGAGGCCGCGGUGCCGGGGCUGGCCAUGGUGCGGCUGCGCCGCGUCAGCCUGGAGCGCCGGCACGGCCGCGUGGCCGAGGCCGAGGCGCUGCUGCUCGAGGCCAUGAGGGCCAACGAGGGGUUGCCCCUGGGCUCCUUCUACGCCGUCAAGCUGGCCCGGCAGGUGUGCAAGGUGCAGAAGAACCUGGGCAAGGCGCGCGAGGUGCUGGUGGAGGCGCUGGAGAAGGACCCGGACAACGCCCGGCUCCACGCCAACCUGCUGGAGAUGGAGUUUGGGGCGGACGUGGGGCAGAACGAGGGCAACACCAUGAGCUGCUUCGAGCGCGCCCUGCGCAGCCCCCUGCCCGACGAGGCCAAGCUGCUCUUCUCGCAGCGCCGCGUCGAGUUCCUCGAGGACUUCGGCUCCAGCAUCCACAGCCUGCUCAAGGCCUACGAUGAGCACCAGAAGAUCCUGAAGGCGCACGCGGCCCGGAAACGGGCGCCCGAGAACGGCUCAGAAGAACCCGACGACAAGCGGCUCCGUCCCGACGACCCCUCGGGGCUCCUGGGGCCCCUCAACUUCUCGGGGGGGGACCCCAACCCCUCCUACAACUACUGGUACCAGCACGGCUACAGCACCUACGGCUACCAGAGCCCCUGGGGCUACAGCCACUACUACGGGCAGAGCUGAGGGGGCUCUGCACCCCCACCCCCACCCCUGUACAGACUGCGGGACCCCUCCCCCAAAAUUUGGGGGGGGGGGCAUUGUAAAUAAAGAGGCUGCGAGGAGUUA